CAUCAUGAUCCAACCAGAAAAGAAAAGCCAGUAGUGUGCAUGCAUGGAUCAUGGCGUAGAGUUGUUAAGUUAGGUGCUUCAUAUUUACGUUUGCUGUGUCACAUUCUGCUGCAGUGUCAGUGACUGUGUAAUAUGUAAAUUUUAUUUUUCUCAAUCACACAAACCACCAGUUUUUGAACAAGAAAAUAAAAAUACUUCAUUGUUAAAUCGAUUAUCCGUAAUUAAUGUCUAAAAUUUUGAUGACAUCAUUAUUUUUUACAUUAAUUAAUAUAGUGACAUUCAUGUAAUUACAUCUAUGUUUGUACCUGAAAGAAACAAUAUGACGAGUUCAGAACCACGAGAAGUGAUCCGUGUUGGGUCUCGCAAUAGUGAGCUGGCCUUAAUUCAAACAAAACAUGUGAUUAAUUGCUUAAAGGACUUAUAUCCCAAGAAAAAAUUUGAAAUUGUUACUAUGAAAACCAAGGGAGAUAAAAUUUUAGAUAAAUCACUGCCAAAAAUCGGAGAAAAGUCUCUUUUUACUGAGGAGUUAGAGCUGGCUUUAGAACAAGGUAGAGUCGAUUUCCUUGUUCACUCUCUAAAAGAUUUGCCGACAACAUUGCCAAAAGGAAUGAUCCUAGGUGCAAUCCUGAAGCGAGAAGAUGAAAGAGAUGCUGUCGUUAUGUCUAAAAAAUUUGAAGGUAAAACCUUGAGCACACUGCCUGAAGGAAGCAUAAUUGGUACAAGUUCAUUGCGAAGAUCUGCUCAGUUAGCAAGGAAUAUGCCUAAUUUACAAGUAGAGAAUAUUCGUGGUAACUUAAACACUAGGUUAAAAAAAUUGGACGAUGAAAAUGGUCCUUUUGCAGCAAUUAUUUUGGCAGCAGCUGGAUUGAAAAGAAUGGGUUGGCACGAUCGAAUAAGUCAGAUAUUGGAACCAGAAGAAGCCUUGUAUGCAGUUGGUCAAGGUGCAAUAGGCGUAGAAUGCAGAGAAUCGGACUGGGAAAUAUUAUCCCUUCUUGAACCGUUGUAUGAUGUUAAUACUACACUCAGAUGUGUUUGUGAACGUUCAUUUCUGAAAACUUUAGGUGGUGGUUGUUCAGCUCCCGUGGCAGUUUCCUCUUCAUUAAUUGACGACAAUUUAACUAUUACUGGUGCUGUCUGGUCACUCGAUGGACAAACUUUAAUUCAGCAUACAUUAGACAAGAAACUCUUCAUACCAUACGACGAUGGAGAACCACCAAAAAAGUGUCCAUAUAGAGAGCCUCGAUUAUACUGCAGUGUUGCACCAGGAAAAGUAAGUGGUCUAAGUCUUGCUGGAGCUGAAGAUCUAGGAAAUAAAGUCGCUCAAAGCCUUGUUGAUAAGAAUGCUUUAGAAAUUAUGUUAAACGCUCGAAACGAAGUUCUCAAUCCAACAAAAUCAUAGCAGCAUAAAAAAUAGUUUCUUUUAUUUCAAAAUGACUUAAAUAGUACUUAUUCCAUUUAUUGUAGUAUAAACAUUUUGGAAAUACGAUUUUAGUCUAGUUCAUUCUGAAUCGUGAAACUUUUAAUGGAUUCUAUGUUAACUUAGAUGGUAAUUUUUUUUCUCAGAAAUUACUGCCAUGAAACAUUUGCUGAACUUAAAAAUCUCACUUAUUCCUUUGUGUCCAUAAAAUUAAAUAUACAGCAAAAUAGAAAUGACGUAUUUUUAAAAAUGUAAAGAGAAUAUUGUUUCUUUGUUUGAGUUAUCAUUGAAUCCACUAUUUCGGAAGUCUAUUAAUAUAUUAUAUUAUCUAUUAUUGUUUUGUAAGUGUUGGGGAAUAACAUUAAUUUUAUUAUGUUGUAAUAAAUAGUUACCAUUUUUUUCAAUAACUGUAAUUAGAAUGAUAUAUAACAAUUGUUACUUUUGGAAUAUAAUAUUAUGUUGAUAAAAAUGUAUAAUAAUUUA